GUCAAAUUACUUGACAGACAAGACAAAAAUGUCAAUAGAAAGGCUGAUUACCACGGUACCCACACCGAAGAAAACUGAAAAUUGUAAAUAUGUGACUGUAAAAUACAUAUUGCGAAAUUGAAAUUCGUAAAUGAGACAUCAAAUUAAUCGCCGUUUCUUGUAAAGAACGAAAACAAGUAUAAAAGGAAUGAACUAUUUGAUGUGAAAAAUAUUUUAAUGGAAUAGGAAAUCAGUACGACGAAACAAAGAAGCCGGCGUGGUUGCAUUAAUAAAACAUGAAUGAAGAAGAAGAAUACAAUGAAAAUGCUUGGACCUAUAUGCUAUUGUGUGUGGAACCAACUGUAUAUGAAGGUUUCCGAUUCGUUAGGGAUUUACUUUUCGCUAAUGUUGCUCUUCGUCUCAUGAUCCAGUAUAUACCGCUACCUCACAACCUUCGCCACAGUUUAAGUUUAGUUAUUGGCAGUUUCCUUUUAUAUCACUGUAUAGGUCCUCCAUUUAUCUGGACUGUUGGACUUACAGCUAGUGCUUAUAUUCUCAUAAUUUUACUAUCAUUUGUUACUAAAAAAUGGAGAGGACUAGUGGUGUCCAUGUUUGUUAUUUCAUUCUUGUUACUUUGUGAAGUUCAUAUACUCCAUCCAAAACUAUGGCAACAAAUAAGAGGCAUCCAGAUGAUAGCAGCUAUGAAGAUAAUUUCUGUAGCAAUAGAGUUAGACAGAGAUUUAUUUAAAAAAAUGCUAAACCCUGUGGAAUUUGGAGGGUAUUUACUGUGUCCAGCUAAUUCUGUUAUUGGUCCAUGGAUAUCAUUCCACCAUUACAAUAACUACCUUGAAGUUAAAUUCCUCAACAAAAGAUGGAUUAAGUUAAUUGCUGUUGAUCUUGUUGUGUCUAUAUUUUUCUUGACUUUAUCCAAUUGUAUAGUACCAUGGUAUAUUGAUGAUUCAUUACCAAAGUGGCUAAUAGCUUAUAGAGAUGCACAAGCUUUUAGAAUGUCUCAUUAUUUUAUAUCUAGGAUGUCUAUGCUCUCAAUGACAAGUGCUGGAUUUGGACUUACAAAUGACUGUCGCUCUGAAGUUCAAGUUACUAAACCAUUCUUCAUUGAAUUGCCAAGGUCACUAGUCCAAGUGGUAAUUUAUUGGAAUAUUCCCAUGCACCAAUGGUUGAAGCAAUAUGUUUUUAAAACUUGUCAACCAUAUGGUAAAUUUGUUGCCAUAUUCAUUACAUAUGCUAUAUCAUCAUUGCUUCAUGGAUGGAAUUUCCAAUUUUCUGCUGUCCUUCUUAGUAUAGGGACAUUCUCAUAUGUUGAGUAUAAUUUACGUCUUAAGGUAGCACAAACAUUUGAGGUCUGUUGCUUAGCAAAUCCAUGUGUUAAACUAUGUGAUCACAAACACAAGAAGAACAGUAUGAUUGCAAUAAUCACUAACACAAUAUUUUCUGUAAUAACUAUUAUACACCUCGCUUAUUUAGGAGUGAUGUUUGAAGCAUCAUUUUCUGUACAAGAAUCAGGUUAUUCAUAUUUUCACACAAUUAGUAAAUGGGAAAACCUUGAUUAUUUCAGUCAUAUUCUUGCAGGGUUUUUGUAUGUUGUCUAUAUACUAAUUUAAGUAAGUUUCUUAAUAGUUAAAUAACAAAGCAUAGAAAAUAAGCAUCUUCUGAAUCUCUUCUUAUGAUCUCUUGCAGUAUUAUACAUUUUUUAUAUAAAAAUUUGAAAUUCCACUAUAUUAAGAUUUCUUUUAAAUAGAUCUAUGAUCUUUAAAGCUCGUAAUUAAUAUUACCAAUUAUUAGAUUUUAUGUAAGUAUUUAUUGUGCUGACAAAAUCAGACAUAAAAGUUUAUAUCAUAGUUUCUACUUUAUGAAACAGUUUCUACUUCAUGACCCUUAAGUUAUGAUACUUCAAAACAAUAUAGAAUAAAAUAGUAUUAAACAAUUUGAUGCUUGCAUUUCUCUAGCAUUAGCACAAUUUUGAUAUAGUAGCUAUAUGCAAUUUUUAUUAACUUUUUACAUCACUUAGAUAAAGUACAAGUAGGGUCACUGAUUUAUAAUUUAUUAAACAUAGAUGCUAGAUUUGAGAUCAAAAUAGUUAUUUAAAAUAAUAUAAGAUAUAGUGAA